CAACCACAGAGCUCAAGCUUCAACACCCAAGCCCGCCGCCUUCCCCGAAAGUCAAACCCGACAGGCUCCUCCACGCACCUCGCGAAUUUCCCUGUUCAUAACCAAAACUGCGGCGAUCGACGUAUUCCGCAACGAUGUCAAUAACACCAAUCAUUACGUUCAAGGCGGGCAUGUGUGAUGUCGACCAAUCCUCAAAACCCUUCAAGAUCAAGGCCCAGGCUACGCCAGGCUACAUCUAUCUCUACUCCGAAGAUGACCUCAUCCACUUCUGCUGGCGCCCCAGGUGGACGCCCCUCGACGAGCCCGAUCUCGACCUAGUCAUGGUGCCGACAGACGGCAACUUCGUCCCAUACGACACCCGCACGCCGAGCAACCCCUCCUCCAAGACCAACGGCCGCAUCUUCGUCCUCAAGUUCACCUCCUCCUCGCAGCGCCACCUGUUCUGGCUCCAGUCAAAGCCCCAGGGCAACAGCGGCGACCCGGCCUGGCUCAGCCCGAGGGACCUCAAGAUCGGCGACAUCGUAGACAGGCUGCUGCAGGGCGAGGAGGUGGACGUGAACGAAGAGCUGCGCUCGGUCCGCAACAACAACGACGACAGCCGGCGCGACGCCGACGACGACGACGACGACGAAGCGAUGGAGGAUGUGGAGGGCCACGGCGAUGUGCAUGCGCAUCGCCGCAGCGGCCAUGGGGGUGCCGGUGCCGGCGCCACCGGCGGGGACUUUAGGGAGGAGGGCGAGGAUGCCAGGGAAGGUGGGGGAGACGGCGCGAGAGCGGCGAGCAACGAUGCUGCUGACGUGGUACGGAACUUCCUCGAUUCUCUCAAGGGUGGUGCCCCGGGGCUCAAGAGCAGCCGGGCCGAGGGCAAGGCCUAUCCUCUGCUCAACGAUCUCCUCGAGACCUCCACGACUAUUCCCAUGCUCGACAGUGCCGCCGACGAGUACGUCGACAACCUCCUGAGCUUCCUGCCUCCAACAGUGUUGGUCCUCGCCCAACAGGGAAGCAACGGCAACGCCAUCGAGAGAGAACCCAGCGCGGAAUCGGUGGAAGCGGCCAAACAGGCCCUGAGCUCUGGUCAGAAGCGCGCACUCCUUAAACAAGUUCUCCGCAGCCCGCAGUUCACCCAGAGUCUGGCGAGCCUGACGGUUGCGCUCAGGGACGGCGGUCUGCCUAGCAUCGCCGAGGCACUGGGAGUCGCGGUGGAGAAUGGCGGGCUGGUCAGGGGUGGGACUGUGCCUCUGGGUGGCGGCGACGCCGUUGAGGCUUUUGUGGAGGGCGUGAAGAAGACGGUACAGAAGAAGUGAUGGAGUUUAUUCGGCACCAUUGGCAGGAUUCAAGACAGGGGUUCGUCGAGGCACCUGCGAAUUCCCAUGUAUAGCUUGCCCAUGAAAGGAGGCAUGCGGUCUUAGCUCUCAAGCCUGUUUCGAGAGCUCAUCAGAGAAGCAACAAUUGCACUCUACUUGAACAGAGAUACACAGGAAUUAGUUCGUGAAUAAGGAUCUCGGGGUGCUUGGUAGGAAUACCUCGUUACCGUAGCUCCUCCCUGACGGUGACCACCCUCUACCUCUCCCCCGAUAAGCUGGAGACCCCCAGAGGCCCCCUAGCUUCAAUAACCGGUU